AUGGUAAAAUACGACGAUUUACGGGUGGAGUGGAUCCGGCAGUGCGUGACUGCUGGCUUCGUUUUGCCCGAAAAUCCCAACCCUUUCGACGAGCUACUCGGUCAGGGAGAUGGAGAAGAAGAAGAAGACAUUCUCCGCUUUUUGGACUUUGUCUCCGAUGAAAACUCGCCAUCGUGUCUUCUGUUUUUCAAAACUGUAAGAGAGGAAGAAAUUGAAGUUAACAUUCCACUCGAAAGGAAGACAGAUGAUGCUUCAGAUGCUGAUUGCUCUCCAAGUGGAGCAGAGAUACCCUCAGACUCAGAAGAGAUAUGUGAAGGGCUUGAGCUCCAAGUUGUUCGUCACAUUGAGCUUCAUAUGUCCGUAAAUGAUUUCCCAAAGCAAUUUGUGAAAUCUACUGUGUUCUACUUUAUCAGGAACACAAAAGACACCAUUGUUCAGCCAAUGAACAAGAAGGAGACCCCUUUUGUGAUGGGCAGGCUAUUUACCAUUGGUCGUCAUAGUGGAGAUCCCCUUGUUUCCCUGCAUCAAAGACUUGUCAAUAUGUAUAUACCUUUAAUGACUGCCGAGCGGAUGAGGGAGACUGGUGCCGGUUAUGAGAGCGGGGAAGUUGGCGGUGGAAAGGGAGAAGAGGGGAGUCCAGCGAAGCCGAGUGGGCAAUUCACGAUUCGUGAUGAGUUGCUUCACAGGACGUACAAGUUUUUGGGCCAACUUGAGGCAACUAUCCAACAAACUUAUAUUGAAGAUGAGAUUGUGCUGCACAUACCUGAGCUAGACCUGGAGCCAACGGUAGACGUACUGCUGUCUGACCCAGAGAUGGUGGAGAAGUUGGAGCAGUGUUUGAUGAACUGGCAGACUAAGAUUACUGUUGUUGUGGAGGAACAACAAAACAAAAAGCCGCAGGCUCCUGGCCCUUUGGCCGAGAUAGCUCUUUGGCAGGGGCGUGCAUCCGUCCUGAACGUUCUGAGUGAGCAACUCAAUCAGCCCGUAGUGAAGAAGAUUCUGGAAGUGAUGACCAAAGCAGAUUCAAGCAUUGUUCAGACCCUGGAAGGAGUGGUCGCUGCACUCACCAAAUACCGCGUGGAGGCAGACGACAAUUUUUGCUUCCUCACCACGCUGAAAAGAAACUUCUUGAAUCUAGCUACUGCAUCACAUUUGAGUGGGAUCCUUGAGACCAUCCCUGAUUUGAUGGGCAGUCUGCAAGUAGUGUGGAUGAUCUCUUGCCACUACAACACAAAUGAGCGCAUGGUCCCUCUCAUGGAGCAUACUGCCUGGCGGCUGUGUGAACGUGUGCGUCCAAUAAUCGGAGUCAGCACUCUAUUCAAAAAUAAAAGGGAAGUGGCCAAAUCCAAGGUGCGUGAUGCUAAACAGGUCCUCGACCUGUGGAAAUCCUCCUACUUUGAGGUGCGUGCUGAAAUUGAAGAAUCAGGCAGGAAUCAACGCUGGGAAUUUGACCGCAAGAAACUGUUUGAGAUGACCGACUACAUUGCCUCCAUCUGUCAGGACCUGCUGAAUGUUUUGCAGAUUUUGGAAGAGUUCUAUAACAUCUUUGGUCCAGAGCUAAAAGGUGUGACCAGUGACCCAAAACGCAUUGAUGAUGUGCUAUGCAGAGUGGAUGGGCUGAUUGUGCCUAUUGAAGAAUUCAGUUGCGAUAUUUUCAAAAUCCAUAUGAUGAGCGGCUGGAAAACGAUCAUGCAAGACUUUAACAAGACAGUUCAGGCUAUUGAGCUGGUGGCCGUCGACCUUAUUGAUCAGUCGUUUAAGACACAGCGCUCUUCGGCCGCUGCCUUUGACAUGCUCUUGAAAUUCAAACACAUCGUCUCCAGAGAGGCUGUCAACAACCAUUUGAUGCGAAAGUCUAACGACAUCCUGGCUCAGUAUUGCAAAGAGGUGGACAGCAUAAAUGACAUGUUUGAGGCAGAGAAAGACAAACCACCAACCCUUCUUAGGAAUGAGCCCCCAGUGGCGAGGGCCAUCCGAUGGGCUCAGUCUCUGGUUUAUCCCAUCAAACAAACCCUCCUUCCCUUCCUCAAAGAGCCCCAGAUGCUGGAGUGUGAAAAUAUCAAAGUGGCCAAAGACAAGUAUGCGGAAAUGGCAGUGAAGAUCCGAGACUAUAAAGUGAAGAAGUUUGAGCAAUGGACUGCCGAGACACAACGUAACCUGCCAAUGCUAAUGAAUAACACCCUGUUGGUCGUGAGUGCCGAUGAAAACCAAGUCGAGGCAAAGCUGCAACUCUCUGAGAAUCUACAACAAAGCCCUGACUCUUUUGAUGAGCUGAAGUCUGUCCUUGGCACCAUAUCAGACAUCAGGGACAUGUCUGUAGAUGUUGAGUUGAGAUACAUUGAUAUCCAGGAGAGCUACAGAACACUGGCCAUUUACAAAGUGCAGGUUGGGAAAGAUGAACUGGAGCUGGUGGGAAAAAUUGACCAAAUAUGGAAAGAGCUGUCUGACGAAUCUAAACAGGUGGAUCGAAGUCUGACAGAUGUCAAGACAUCAUUUGUUCAGACUACAAAGGACAAGAUUGGAGAGUUCACGCAGGAGUUGUCUAUCUUUGCUGAGAGCUUUAACAUGCAUGGUCCUGGAGCUGUGGGAGAUGAUUUGGAGAAAGGACUGACCGUAAUGGGAACCUAUGAAAAAGACCUGGCUAAGAUAGUGGCUGGACGACAGGAGCUAGCUAAUGCUGAAAAGCUGUUGGACCUGCCAGUCACUGUGUACCCAGAUGUCAUCAGCAUGCAGAGAGACAUGGAGGGCCUGAGACAGAUAUAUGGGGUCUAUAAAGCUCAACAGGACGCAAAGGCGGAGUGGUCGCAGAUGUUGUGGAUCGAUUUAAACAUCCAGACGCUACAGGAGGGUGUUGAGGGAUUUAUCAAAAGCUUGAGGCAGCUGUCUAAAGAUGUGCGGGCGUUACCUGUGGCCUUCUUCCUGGAGGGACGCAUGAAGGAGUUUAGAGAGUCCCUGCCUCUUCUCCUGGACUUGAAGAAUGAGGCUCUAAGAGACAGACACUGGAAGGAACUGAUGGAAAGGACAGGCACCAGCUUUGAGAUGAACGACAGCUUCACUCUUGAGAACAUGUUUGCUAUGGAGUUGCACAAACACGCAAAUGUCAUAGGUGAUAUUGUCACCUCUGCUGUAAAAGAGCUCAGUAUUGAGAAGGGAGUGAAGGAGGUGGUCAUGACCUGGGAGAACAUGAAGUUCAGCGUGAUACCCUAUUUCAAAGGCACGCAGGAACGUGGUUCUGUUCUGGGUGCAGUGGAAGAGAUCAUGCUGAAUGUGGACAACGAUGCCAUGAACUUACAGAGCAUGGCGGGCAGCCGAUUUGUUGGACCUUUCCUUGGCACCAUACAACAAUGGGAAAAAGAUCUAUCCCUUAUCAGUGAGACCAUAGAGGUUUGGAUGAUGGUGCAACGAAAAUGGAUGUACCUGGAGAGCAUAUUCGUUGGUGGAGACAUAAGCACGCAGUUACCAGAGGAAGCAAAGAAAUUUGACAACAUCGACAAAAAGUUUAAAGAAAUAAUGAGUGACACAGUGAAGGGUCCAAACAUUAAGCGCUGCUGCCUGGUUCCCAACCGGCUGACGUACCUACAAACCCUCAGUGACGAUCUAGAGAGGUGCCAGAAGAGUCUAAAUGACUACCUGGACUCCAAGAGGAAUGCUUUUCCUCGCUUCUUCUUCAUCUCGGAUGAUGAACUACUCAGCAUUCUGGGAAGUAGUGACCCUUCCUGUGUCCAGGAGCACAUUAUAAAGAUGUAUGACAACAUAGCAUCUCUGAGAUUUGAUGCGGAAGGCGAUGGGGAGACAGUCGCCGCAGCCAUGGUGUCUGCAGAGGGUGAGCUGAUGGAGCUGAGAAAAGCUGUCCCGGUGGACGGGAGUGUGGAGGAGUGGAUGACAGGAAUUCUUCUGGAGAUGAGGAGGACCAAUAGACUCAUCACCAAGGAGGCAAUCUUCCGCUACUGUGCGGACAUGAGCAG